AUGGCAUUUCGUCGCUUUGUGUCCAGAAGAGGACUGUGUAAAGUCAUUUAUUCCGACAAUGCGCUAACCUUCAAGCGAGCAUCCAAGGAUCUGAACAGCCUCUGGAAGAGCGUACGCCACCCCGACGUACUCGACUACCUCUCUCAAAGCCGCAUCCAGUGGAAAUUUAUCGUCGAGAGAGCAGCAUGGUGGGGCGGCUUUUGGGAGAGGUUGGUGCGGACGGUAAAAGAUGUUCUGCGGAGAUCGUUAGCGAAGGCUCUACUACGACACGAUGAACUCGUCACAGUUCUGACAGAGGUCGAAGCCAUUAUCAAUUCACGCCCUCUCACCAGUGUCUGCGACUCAGCUGAGGAUCUGUCUGUUCUUACCCCCUCUCACUUCCUCAUUGGACGGAGACUGACGGCGCUGCCAGCAGGCACAGCUACCCCCACAACGUCGGACAGCAACACCCUCAUCAAGAGUUACCGAUAUCGUGAGCAGCUGCUGAAUUCCUUCUGGAACAGAUGGCGAAAGGACUACCUGUUGCAACUUCGGUCCAAUCACAUUGUUAAAAGCGGAGUCGGAGCGACAUUGAAGCCUGGGGACCUUGUCCUCCUUGUGCAGGAGCGCUUGCCGCGACACUUGUGGCAGGUAUCAAGCAAUAGCAUUGAAGAGAUAUCUCACAUCAAAGACAAUAGUUUGCCUUAA